AUGAAGGUGUCGCCACUAAAUAUAACAGAUGGACUUACAAUACAAGAAAAAAUAGUUGUAGUAAAUUAUUUAUCUGCUAUAGAACAGAAAGAAGAGAAGGAGCAUCAUUUAACUACGAAAUCCACAACAGAUAAUACAGUUCCAUAUGUUUUUGAAGAAGACAUAAUUUUGACUCCUAAACAGGCUCAAAUUAUUUAUGAAAGUAGAAAUCCUCGACAAAAACGAAAGUUAAAUACAGAUUUACAGCGACAUUGGCAGCUACCUAUACAGUAUGCAUUUGACGGAUCUCAUAAUGAGUCUGAGAAAAGUAUUAUACGACGUGCUUUAAAUUACUGGGAGAGUUAUACAUGUAUUACGUUCGAAGAAAUAACAUAUAAAGACAACUCCAGUGUGAAUGAAAACAAAGUUUACAUUGUAUUCACAAGCAAUGAAGGAUGCUGGUCAUUUGUUGGAAGAAGUACGUAUAGAGAGCAAAAAGUUUCCAUUUUUGAAGACUGUAUAUAUGAAGGUCAUGUUCUACACGAAAUUGGUCACGUGAUAGGGUUUUGGCAUGAGCAUGCACGACCUGACAGGGAGGAACAUAUACAAGUACAACAGAAUUCUAUUCAAUAUGGAAAACAAUACAACUUUUUACAUAUUUCUUGGAAGGAUCUAGACAACAAAGAUAUGCCUUAUGAUGUUGGAUCGAUAAUGCAUUAUGGUUCAAGAGCGUACGCUGUUGACAAUCAGACCCCAGUACCACCAACAAUAAUUACUAAAGAUCCAUUGUUACAACGAGCGCUCGGACAAAGAUUUCAACUCUCGUUUUAUGAUGUAAAAUUAGCAAACGUUGCCUACUGUGCCGAUAAAUGUAACAAUACAAAAUUGGCACAACCAUGUCAACAUGAUGGCUACCAAGAUCCCAAGUUAUGUUCUAGAUGUCGCUGCACGGAAGGGCUAGGCGGAAAUUAUUGUGAAACAGCUGCGCCAUCUGUCGGAGCUGGUGCACCAGAACCGAUUGGAUUUCCCACAUCCUACCGUUUUGGACAACAGUGUAACUGGUAUAUAAAGGCACCUAAAAAUUCCCGAGUAUUUUUCACGAUAACGCCGCCUCGUAUCAUGGAAUAUCCACAGUGUGUGAGUGAUACCAAUAAUAAAUAUGUUGAGUGCCUGAACUACCUGGAAGUUAGAUAUUCUCACAACAUUGCUACAACAGGUGCACGAAUUUGCUGUUCCUAUUUAGAAUCUACUAAACCUAUUAUUUCGGAAGGCAACGAGAUGCUUGUGCUUUUACGGGCAAAUGGAGCAGGAUCGUACGGAUUUCAGGCUAAAAUAUGGGCAGAACCAUGUGGAGGCUGUGUUACGGGGACAGAAUUAAGUCAUCGGCCAUGCUCUAGGAAUGUGCCUUACGUGUGUGAACGUCAGUGGAAUUAUACAGAAUGGAACCCCUGUCCAAGUGGGAACUGGUGGUGGGCAGAUAAUAAAGAUUGCAACAAACUUGUGAACAAAACAGCAGUGAGGUCUGGACUUUGCUCUAGGUCUGAACUAUUUUGCUGUAAAGGCUAUGAAAUAAAUGGAACAGAUUGUAUCAAAUCAUCGUCAGUAGCAAAUAUAAGUAUAGUUAUCCAGCCCGGUGUUUCAUCAACGGAAUACAUAGUACCUACACACGAUCCUUCUAAGGAUAAAGAGAACGACCCAUCAUCAGGAUGGGGAAACUGGACCACGUGGUCAAAUUGUACCACUGCAUGUGGUGGAUGCGGAAAUCAAACUCGCCAACGACUUUGUUACGACCCGCUUUUAUGCAGUGGAAAAUCAAUAGAAGUAGAAACCAGAAGCUGUAAUACAAAUCCAUGUACUCAAGUCAAAUUUGGAACCAGAACCAUAUCAAAAGUUGUCGUGUGUAAUCCUAUUACGUUACAAAAAUGUACAGUAUACGAGAAAGAAACAUAUCCAUUCAUUUCAGAAACAUGUUGCACAGGAUAUACAAAGAAUAGCAACGGAGUAUGUGUUAAAAAUGGAACGUGAAAAGCAUUUGACGGAAUGAAAAUAAAAGUGCUUCUUGUGAUAAAAACAUUUCAAACACAGUCCAUUUCAAAACAUGUUUCCAUUCCGUAUAUUUGAUUAGGUAACAUAUAUUUUGCAAGACAAUCGUUCAUUUGUUAUUAUAUGCAUUGUAACUAUUAUACAUUACGCAGAAAUUGGUGCUACAUAAUUACUAUGUGUUCUUUUAAUGAUUGCAAACCUAUUAAGUUUGGUUUUUUGUUAACAUUUUGAACAAUGGUGCUAAUCACAGUUUAUAAGGGAAAAUACUAUUGUAUUUGAUAUUUUGCGUUCAUCAAUUUCAGAUUUAAUGGUUUCAAAUUGAGUUUACUUGCGAAAUGUUAGUAGAGCAAGUGAACGGUAGUUUACGACCCUUAAAAAAUGAUGUUUUCAAAUAAAAUACUGCUGUCUCAAUUCAAAUGCAACUGAAAGAAAACAACUUGAAAUCAUUAUACAUUUCAAAUUCUCUGAAAUAAAUGCUGUACUUCCGCGCACAAUGUCAAACGUCGAUCGUUUGUGGCGUGAUUAAUUAAAGUUUUUCGGUAGAAACAAUGCUAUAUUUAGAUUAAGCAUGUACAGACUUUAAAAAUCGAGAACAUGUAUAAAAAAAAUGUCCUUUUUUUCGAAUUAUGAUAUUUUAAUGUCAAAAUGUAGGACAAACAUCCAAAAGACGAAUGCGUAGAUCUAGUUAGAAAUCCAUUUUAGUUUGUUUUGAUGUUUAUUGCCUUAAAAUUGAGCCUUGUUUAGUUUAAUGAUAGUUUUCUCAUUGAAUAUUCAAGAAAUUAUUUUUCAACAAAAUAUAUUCAUGUAUUUCAUUUCACUUAUGUCAUAGUCUCAAACAGUGAGUAGUAUGCAGUAUCUCACUUUCAAAGUCUUCAAACAAAAGAAUGCCGUAUCUUAAUGGCAUAGUCUCUAAACAAAAGUAUCCUAAAAAUUCAACUACCCAAAAUUUCUAAAACGUCUAGAUAUAUUUAAUUUAUAUGAUUCUGCAAACCUGGACAUUUUAACAUAUCAACCACUUUUUGCCCUGGAUGUAUUUGACUCUUCAAUGAAUGAAUAGUUCAUGGCAAAUACCAUCCAUAGCAUAACAAUAUAUGUUUUACUUAUUUGCAUCAAGUUGAAUUUUAAAAAUAAAAGAAUUGGAUUAUGAUCGGUUAGAAGUGUAGAGCAAUAAUCGAUGUAUUUGUUUGAUUGUAUUUAAUUUUGCAAUCGUCACAACUCGGCCGAUUCCGUACCUCCAUCUGAGAGAUCGGAGUCAUCCGAGGUUAGCCGAUUGUUUUAUUUUGUUGUUACUUUGUCUGUCUCGUUAGGUUGAAGAGAGUUAAUUUAUUGCAUGAAUGUGUAUCUGUGACAAUAAUUUUAUAUAAUGAUAUUGAAGUUUUUUGUAAAUAAAGUUAU